AGGUAAGGACGUCCCUACCAAAUAUCUACUUCCCUACUUUCUCGUCGUGUUUUGGGGCCUUUCCUUGUUGCUGUUUCUGAGGCUUGUUUGAGUAUUAAAAAAAAAAUAAAAAUCUGAGGCUUAUUCAUGGCGGAGAGACUGGAUGACGGCGAGUUUUUGCUGCCUCCUCAGUUGCUAACAGACGACGACGUCGUGCUUAUGCACCUGGGGUCUGAUGUUUCCAAGUCUCUGUUUCCCUUUGAGUUACCGUACCGUUUUGGGUCUUUUGGGUUGUCUUCGGAUCUCAGCUCUCCGGUUGAGUCUGUUUUCGGUUCCACUGAGACUGAGAGCGACGAAGAGGAGUAUCUUUCUGGGUUGACUCGUCAAAUGGCUCGCUCGACUCUCCAAGACAAUUGGAGGCAAAACGAGCGCGCAUUCGCCACUGAAAACACCAAGGGUUUGCUGCUUUCUGGGUCACCUCAAUCGAUGCUGUGUGCGGUAGGGAGUAGCUGUGGGUGUAGGCAGUGGUCUAGCCGUGGUAGCCCCAGGCGUCAAUCGCUACUCCCUUCGUCGCCAAGAACUUGGGAUCUGCUGCAUGCGGCUACGGUGGAAGUUACAAGGAUGCAAGGUAAGGAAGAACCGUUCAACCAUGAAAGAAGCCUCCUCGCUCCCCCAAAGAAACCUCCCACAAAUCUUGACGUUGGUGGGUUUUACUCAUCCCAGUCGCUUUCUCACAAGAAGUUGCAGUCUACUCAGUUUCCGCAGCUGAAACGGGAGCAACAGAUAAUGAGACAACGAAGUGCAUCGGCAUGGGCGGUUCCGAAGCAGCAGCCCCAUGUGGCCCAAUUAGUUGGUGGCAGGUCUUCUAGUACCACCAGACCUCUGGGCUUGUCGCCAUCUGAAUGGCCUCCUGCGCAGCAGUCACUGUCUCACAACGGGUCGGGUAUGCGGGCCGGGUUUCCGGGUAAUCCCUCCGGCAAAAGGAAAUGUGCUGGUACUGGUGUUUUCCUGCCUCCCAGAGUUGGUUGCACAACCGAAACCCGCAAGAAGCCAGAGUGCUGCACCAUCUUACUUCAGGGGAAAGUCGUGCAGGCGUUGAACUUGAAUCUAGAUGAAAUUGGUCCUCAGCCGCAUUUCAACAGAAGUUACACCCUGGGCACUGAUGCUGCCAUGAGAGCUGGAAAUGCUAACAUCUUUUCCAAUCAAAGACGCAAUUUUAAGCCACAACAAGGGAUGAACGAUGAACUCCGGUUACCUCAGGAGUGGACGUAUUGACUCAAUCUCUUUUAGGGUCUACUAAUUCUGCUCUGUCUUUCUGGGAGUUUCUGAGGAGUGAAAACAGUUCUAGAAUUAGAAAAAAGAGAAAAUGUGAAGUUUUUAGUUUGCCGUAGGAAAGUAGUAGUGCAGAUACAUAGGAUAUUAAUGAAAUGGAUGAAACAUGAUUUUGCUAAUGAAGAAGAAGGAGAAACUGAAAUUGUGUUUUUUGAUAGGUUUAGUUGGAAAUAAUUUUUUUUCCUAGUUUGAUGAAAGCAAUGGAUGCUAUGGUAGCUACUCUUCUGUCCCUUCUUCUGGACUCAAUGAAAUGAGGUUAAAUAG